GACAAUUAUAGCAGCAACGAUCAGCAAUCAAGAUGUGAGUACGAAAUCAGAGAGUUAUACAGAAGUAAUUAGUUGAUCCACGAUGGUUAUAAGUGUUAGUGUAGUGUUCAGAACUCGGAAAAGCUCUGCGAUAAACUUUCGAUUUCUUGGACGAGUACACUCACGUUCUUCGUUUACCGUUCGACCCUGCGUGAUAUCAGGUCUAGUUCAUUGAUGCAAGGAGCUGAAUUUCAGCACAUUCUUCGUAUUCUCAAUACAAACGUUGCGGGAAAGCGAAAUGUCGUCUUCGGUUUGACCAAGAUUAAGGGUCUUGGUCGUCGAUUCACUGACUUGAUCUGUAAAAAGGCCGAAAUCGAUGUCAACAAGCGAGCUGGUGAACUCACUGCCGAUGAAAUUGAAAAGCUUGUUGCUAUUAUCCAAAAUCCUCGACAGUUCAAGAUUCCUCUUUGGUUUUUGAACAGACAAAAGGAUUUCAAGACUGGAAAGUAUACCCAGGUCUUCGCCCAGAAUGUUGAUGCCAAACUUCGUGAUGAUAUUGAGCGUCUGAAGAAAAUUCGUGCUCACCGUGGUUUGCGUCACUGGUGGGGAAUCAGAGUCCGUGGACAACACACAUGCUCAACUGGACGCCGCAAAUAGACAUUAUACCMCACUAAUAUGGUUCUCUAAAGGUUUCCAUUAUUAGUCAAUUUUUACACUAUU